AAACCUCACUAUCACACUCCGCCGGCGACGCCCUCGAAACCCAUCGCCGUCGCUCUCUGCUACUCCACUGAAAAUCUCACACUCAUCCUCUUUUAUCAUUUGUAAGUCUCAAAUCUUCUCCUCCUUAAGCAAAACUCUGUUGGCUUUGGUUUGAGAGAAAGAUGAGUUUUCGGUACUUAGUUUGUAGGCAAUCAGUUUCCAAAAUCACCGCUAGGCUUAGGUCCCAGUACGCCGCUGCCUAUGGUUUCGCAACCCUCACAGACCCAAUACCCAUUUCCACUCGUUCCGCAACUCAUGCUGCCUUUAAACCUCUCCAAAACCCUAGGUCCCCAAUUCCCUUCAAUAGAGGGAUCCACUCAGCUCAAGUGGUUGAUUCCGUGGAUUCGGAGGAGGAAGAUGACGGAGGUGUCAACGAGUUCUUGUCCCGUUUCGUGUGGAUUAUGCGGCAGAAGCUCAAUGUGGCCUACCCGGGUUGCGAUAAAGAGACUGUUGAUGGGAUGCUGAUGGUAAUUGUGCAAAAGGUUGUGGAGGAGAUGGAGGGGAGCGGGUUUGAGCACAAGCUUGGCCAAAGGCAGGCGGCGUCGGAGGACUUCAGUGAGGAUUUGUGGACAACUGUGUGGGAGGUGAGCAAUAUGGUGAUGGAUGACAUGCACAAGGAAGCCAAGAAGGAGAAAAUGAAGGGGUUUCUGCACGCCGAGGAAGUCAAGGAGAUGUGUAGGUUUGCUGGUGAAAUUGGUAUCCGAGGGGAUAUGCUUAGAGAGCUCAGGUUCAAGUGGGCUCGCGAGAAGAUGGAGGAGACUGAGUUUUAUGAGAGCUUGGAGCGUCUUCGAGAACAAGAGAAAUCCCAAGAGAAAGGGGAGGGAGGAGAGGCUGUGCAGCAAGCUGAGGCGGAGGCUGGUGGAACUGAGCUGAAUGCUGAGGUUGCCUCUCUUCCCAAGAGGCGUGGGAAGAUAAGGUACAAUAUAUAUGGUCUCGAUCUUUCUGAUCCUAAGUGGGUUGAAGUUGCUGAUAAAAUCCAUGAGGCAGGGGAGGUCAUAUGGCCCAAGGGACCGAAACCAAUAUCUGGGAAAUGCAAAUUGGUUACUGAGAAAAUUCUUCAAUCAACUGAGGCAGAUGAUCUGUGUCCACUUUUGGCUGAAUGGGUAGAGUUGCUUCAACCUAAUAGGAUUGAUUGGAUCAAUCUUCUUGAUAAGUUGAAACAGCAGAACCCCGGGUUAUACAUUAAGGUGGCAGAACUUGUAUUGGAUGAGAAAUCAUUCCAGGCGAACAUCCGUGACUACUCCACGCUUAUCGAUGCUUAUGCCAAGAAAAAUCAGCUAGAAGAUGCUGAGAGAAUUUUAAAGAAGAUGACUGAAAAUGGGCUUGAACUAGAUUCUUUGACAGCCACUAUUUUGGUCCACAUGUACUGCAAGGCAGGUAAUCUUGAACGUGCCAAGCAAGCACUUGAGUCAUUGAGGAGCCAGGGCUUCCAACCUGAUAUGAAGGUUUACGAUUCCAUGAUCAAGGCAUAUGUAAAUGCUAACGAACCGAACUUGGGGGAGGCAUUGUUGAGAGAAAUGGAAGCAAGAAACAUCAAACCCUCAAAAGAAAUUUACAUGGCAUUGCUUCGAUCAUUUUCCCAACGCAUUGAUGUGAGAGGAGCGGAACGAAUUGUCCAAACUAUGUUGUUGGCAGGUUUUCAGCAAGAUUUAGAAUCUUGUUCAGUGCUUAUUGAAGCAUAUGGGAAAGUUGGUGACCCUGAUCAGGCAAGGUACAACUUUGAUAACAUAACAAAAGUUGGGCAAAAACCUGAUGACAAGUGCACUGCGAGCAUGAUCGCAGCUUAUGCAAAGAAGAAUUUACUCGAUAAGGCACUAGAGUUGUUGCUGCAGCUUGAAAAGGAUGGCUUUGAGCCUGGAGUUGCUACUUACACGGUUCUUGUAGAUUGGCUGGGAAAAUUGCAGCUAGUUAGUGAGGCUGAACAGCUACUGGACAAAAUUGCUCAGCUGGGUGAGGCUCCUCCAGUUCAACUUCAUGUAAGCAUUUGCAAUAUGUAUGCUAGGGCUGGAGUUGAGAAAAAGGCACUACAAGCUUUGGGAGUAUUGGAGGCUAAGAAGGAGCAAUUGAGUUCACAUGAGUUUGAGACAAUUAUCAGGGGUCUUACAGCUGGUGGAUUUUUUCAGGAUGCUGAGAGGAUGAGGAAAGUGAUGGAGGCUCAGGGUUUUCUGUCAGACAAACUUAUGAUGAACGUAAUGGGUAAAAGUUUAUUCUCAAAGAGGCCAUUGAUGAGAUAAUUAGAUUGCCAUCUAUGAAUGCUUGCCAAUCUAUUGGCUGUGAGACCAGCGUUAUGCUUUUGUAGUUUCAGGAAUUCAUGGUGUAAUGUGCUGUUGGUGACAUGUAAUCGAUAAAUGGAGUUACUGUAGCCAACUCAAGUUUACCGACUUUAUGGUAUUUACCUUGUUUACCGUGCCCAAAUAAACGGAUUGCAAGUCUGAUUUUUCACCUGAAAUUGAUAAUAAGUUGGUUGAAGGUUUUAAAUCUAGUU